GCCUUCUACCUCCUUCGAUGCCAUUCUGCCCUCCCCCGUCCACUCGCCCUCCACUUGCCAUCCAACGAGCCAGCUUGCUUGCUUCGACUGUCGCUCGUUAGGUCGUUCUAUUGCUUGCUCGCAAUAGAACACCCACACACGCCCACCCAUCACCAGCGGCAGCGGCAUCUCCGCAUAGAUCACCACCACCCUCAUCACACGACGACGACCCACGAGGCUUCCAACGGCUGACAGUACUCCUGGAACUGCCCCUUGAGGGCUCCUCUUGCGCACACAACAUGGAUAUCGUCAAAGGCCUCCAGAAACGCAUUCCCACGGCGGAGAACCUGCCGACGCUGAAAUCGCUGCAAAAUACUUCGCUACGGGAUGUCAAGGAGAAGAUCUCUCCGCGAGUCUCGUUUCUCAAACGAAGGAUACGAGUGCGCGGCAACAGCAAGAUCAGCGUGCCCUUGUACCUCGUCUUGCUCUUUCCCGCCAUCGUGGUCAUAGCCAUCUUGACGCUAUUCGUGCGCCAUCCAGACUCGCCUGGCGCGCGCCUGAUACCCUCCGGCUCGCCGCCGAGCAUCCGGAAAAUCAGCGAAAAGCACGACAAAGUCUUCGUCACGGGAUGUCUAGAUCCCAAGAUCACCGCCAAGGAGACUCCACGCGCAAAUGCCGCUUUUGUGGUGCUGGCGCGAAACAAGGAGCUGGACGGAGUCAUUGAGAGUCUGAAGAGCGUAGAACGACACUUCAACCGCUGGUUUCACUACCCCUAUGUCUUUCUCAACGAUGGAGAAUUCAACAGCACGUUCAAAGAGACGGUGAUGAACUACACCUCGGGAACCGUCGAGUUUGGCCAGAUCGGUCCGGAGCAUUGGGGCUAUCCCAAUUGGACCGAUGUGAAUGUCGCAAAAGAGGGCAUCAGGAAGCAAGGUGAUGCUGCCAUCAUGUAUGGAGGCAUGGAGUCCUACCAUCACAUGUGUCGCUUCUACUCGGGCUUCUUCUACAAGCACGAGCUGCUGCAAAAAUACGACUGGUACUGGAGAGUGGAGCCCGAAAUCAAGUACUUCUGCGACAUGACCUACGAUCCCUUUGUGCACAUGGAGCGCAACAACAAAACCUAUGGCUUCACCAUCGCCGUCAAGGAGUUGAAAGAGACGGUGCCCAACAUAUUCCGAUAUGCUUCCGCGUACAAGCGAAAGCACGGCCUGAAGAGCAAGGGCUUGUGGGAGAUGUUCCUCGAGCCAAAAGAAGGCUACAACCAGGACGGUACGCCAAAGCCCGGCACCAUUCCUCCGGACGAGCUUCCCAAGGAAGACCCCAAGUAUGCGGAUGGCAAGACGAAGCCACUGCCCGAGGACAUAUUGAAGACCGAGCCCGGUCAGGGCACGUUGCCUGAGAUUGAUCCCGAAGCCAUGGAGGGCGAGAUCUACAAUAUGUGCCAUUUCUGGUCCAACUUUGAAAUUGCGAGACUGGACUGGUUCCGAAGCAAGGAGUAUGAAGACUUCUUCCAGAUGAUGGAUCGCUCCAGUGGCUUCUGGAUGGAAAGGUGGGGCGAUGCGCCCAUACACUCACUUGCAGCGGGCGCGCUCCUGGCGCCCAGCGAUAUUCACUACUUCCGCGACUACGGCUACAGACAUACAACAAUUCAGCAUUGCCCAGCGAAUGCGCCUGCUCGACAGAUGCCCCGCGAACCCUACCUCGAAAUGACCACAUUAGAUGAGAAGGAGCGAAAAGAAGAAGACGAAUACUGGGAGAAGUGGGAUCCCGAGAAAGAGAAUGGGGUCGGGUGUAGAUGUCGUUGUGACACGGACAUUGUGGACGUCGAAGGCAAGGAAGGCUCUUGCAUACCUCAAUGGGUGGACAUUGCGGGCGGCUUUAUCACACCAAGCGGACCCGGCUAGAAGCCAUAGGCGUUGUUGAGGUAUAACUGCAAUAAUAGAAGAAAUACAAGAAGCAGAAGAGGACUCGCGAGUAUGGAGGAAGGGAGGCAGCGGGAAGGGAGUGCGCGCCAGGACAGCAGCAGGCCCGGCUUUUUGUUAUGUGCCUCGCGUGCAAGCGACCACCAUAUUGCAUUGGAUCGGUGUAUAUCGAUAGCAAGCACGAUGACAGAAGUGGCCGUGUCUUGAUUUGACGUUUGGGGGUUUGGGAACAACUGUACAGGUCACACUGGAGGAUGAUUGUCGUACAUUUAUACUACUAUUACUACCUUCACGUCUGCUGUGCUCUGUCUGCUUCACGUUCACGUUGGAAGGGCGAGGAGCUAUGCGAAUGGGAGAGUUGAAGGGCAUUUCAUUCGAUACUCUCUCUCUCUCUCUCUUCCUAUUGUCGGAGUGCAUGGAAGCCAGCUUCACGAAAACCUCUUCCCGACCCCCAACUUGAACGCUCUGGGUGACAGACACUCCUCACCUCGGGAACAAGCCAACCACUGAACCUACUCAAUCAUGCCACCAACGACACGCUCGCAGACCGUUCACCACCGCGUGCAGACCGUCCACCGCGCGCAGACCGUCCACCGCGCGCAGACCGUCCGCUACCGCGCGCAGACCGUCCGCCACCGCGCGCAGACUGUCCGCCACCGCGCGCAAGCCAUAAAGAAGAGAGCAGUCGGCGCAACUACUUCCAUCACACCCGACGAGAUCUGCCACAUCAGCAUGCUCUACCCAGUGCCCGAGGUUUUUACAAUGUUCCUCACUUCAUGCACUGCCUCAGAGAUAUUCCAGCUCCGCCAAGUCUGCCAGCACUGGAAAGCCAUGAUUGACCAAUCCUCCCCCGUCCAAGAGUCACUGUUUCUACGGCCGCGACGUGUCACGAACGUCCUAGAACUCAAACCGGACCACGGCCCCGAGACGACCACCGUCCAAGGAUAUCUUGUCACGGGCAAAGUAACUCGGCCUUCGCAGUUGGUUGAUGGAGAGAAGUAUAGUGUGCCAGCGGAGUGGAAUGACGUGAUUUGUGUGCCUAGUAGAUUCGGCCACGGAAUGGAGAUGGAUCGGAGGGUUACAAUGGGAGAGUGGAUCCAAUUGAAAGAUGAACUUGUUCAGAUAUGGAUUGAGGAGGCUGUGGCGAUUGAGUGGGACAAGUAUAGCAAGACGAAGAACAAGGAGGCGCCGGAUGUCUCUACACUGCCCGAAUCAGACCCACCAGGACCAGGACGCCACCAACACAUGCUGGGAGGAGGAAGCGGCAAGACGUUGCACAAGACGCAACUGGACAUGUUUCUGACGCAGCCACCGGUCAAAUCUGUGUAUGUGGCUCACUUCUUAGCAGGCCAUCAACGCGUCACGAAUCCCACGGGCCUCCGUCUCCGCGACGUCCUGACCGCGUUGGAACCUGGUAUGGGUGUGAAACGCAAUUUUUUCGAUUGUUGGAAUCCCAUGGCUGCUGAGCGCAAAGGCUUGGGCAUGAACUUGAAUGGCGCUUUUGACGCUGGUCUCGAAGGCAUGGUGUUUAUGGGAGCCGAUGACUGGAAAGAGGUUGAUCGUCGUGCUGGAAACUAGUGAAGGAAGAUGUGCGGCGGUAAGGUACAAUCUUACCCGACGAAUGAUAUGGUACGUUACGUAUCGUCAGAGGUGAUUGAAGGAGAUCACAGCGCAGAAGAGUGAUUGUGGCGAGCAGUUUUUACUCCUUGCUUCUUCAUCGAACGUUAGGGCGCCUGAGAGCUUUGCACGGGGAGAACAAGCUUGUCUGCGAUGCACAGCGUAGCAGAUCAC